GGUAGGGGGCGGGGCCCCCGGGUGCCCGUCCGUGCGAGUCCGGCGGGGCCGCGCCAGCCAGGCCCGCCCAGCCCCGGCGGCAGCGGGGCCGGGCCGGGGCGGAGAGAGCGGGGCGGGAGCGGGGCGCUCCGGCCAUGGCGGCCAACGAGGACCAGGAGAUGGAGCUGGAAGCGCUGCGCUCCAUCUACGAGGGAGACCUGUGCUUCAGGGAGCUCAGCCCGGUGUCCUUCCAGUACAGGAUAGGUGAAAGUGGAGAUCCCAAAGCCUUUCUAAUAGAAGUUUCUUGGCCAGAAACAUACCCACAAACAGCACCAGUCAUAUCAAUGGAUGCUUUCUUUAACAACACAAUAUCUUCAGCUGUUAAGCAAAGUAUAUUGGAUAAGUUAAAGGUAGAAGUUGAAGCAAAUCUUGGAACUGCAAUGACAUACACACUUUUUGAAUAUGCCAAAGACAAUAAGGAGGUAUUCAUGGAAAAUCAACCUGUUAACACUGUGACUUCAGUAAGCAAUAACAUUUCAACUGGAACUCCUGAUGUGCCACCAAGUAAGAAAAAAGAGAAAAAGGAACAGUUAUCCAAAACCCAGAAACGAAAACUAGCUGAUAAAACAGAUAACAAAGGGGAACUUCCACGAGGAUGGAACUGGGUUGAUGUAAUCAAGCAUGUAAGUAUUUUCAAGUUCUCUUUUUUUUACUGUUAGAAAGAGUAAGAACUGCUGCUUAUUUUGGAUUCUAAUUUACAAAUUCCUCAAAAGCUUUAAAAAGUUAGUUCUUCUGAAUAUUAGUCUGAAGGAUUUCCCUCUUUGAACUUCAUUGUUUUUUUUAUUUACUGAGCAAUUUUAAUUUUAUGAUGAGAGGGCUUUGCUAACCAAAUGCACUGCAAAUAUUCUGUCUUCAUCUAACAAGAAGACUUGAAAUAAAGUUAUUAGUGCUGCCAGGUUCUGGAGGGCAGUGGAUAAGUAAGAAAUAAAAGGGAGCUGUCCCAAGUGGGAGCACCUUACUGUCUCCUAUGAGCCUCAUUCUCUGCUGCAGCUCCUGCAGUAAAUAAUUCUUUUCUACUUGUGCCCUCAGUAUUGAUUUCUUCUACCCACUUGGCUUUACUGAUUCAGUGAAAAUCACUGCUUGACAGUUUUUAAAGCAAACUAUUUUAUUUUACACAACUGAAGUAAUUUUCACUGUAAGACCUAAUACCAGUUCCAGUUGUUAGAUAACAGCAAGUAAAUGAGGAAGAUUGCUUUGGGCAGAGUCUUUCUGAGUCACAAGUGGCCAUUUAUAGUGGAUGUCUUGGUUUUCAGAUAGAUUUCAUGAUAGGCAUGAAAUCUACUUUUAAUAAUUAUCAGCCUAGCUUUAAAAGCUGAGAAAUACUAAGUUAAAUGUAAUGUCUGUUUUUAUAUUGUCUAAAUUUCUAUAUGGGAAUUCACUCAGACGUGUGAAAAUAAAGUUCCAUUACUUUUUGUUUGUUUGUUUGUUUGUUUGUUUGUUUGUUUGGGGUUUUUGGGGGUUUUUGUUUGUUUGUUUUGGUUUUUUGUUUGGUUUUUUUUGUUUGUUUGGGUUUUUUGUGUUUUGUUUUGGUUUGUUUUGGUUUGUUUUUGUUUUUGUUUUUUUUUUUUUGUUUUUGUUUUUGUUUUUGUUUUUUUGAGAGCUAGUGAUAGAGCCUUCAAAUUAAAUAGAAACAGUGCCCUGAGGUUUUUCUGGGGUUGGUUACCAUUUGGGGUUUUUUUGGUUUUUUUUUUAAUUCAACUUUCAUUAUCAGGAAAUAAGCUCAUUUAGUGCUUAAGCUUAAGAAUUAAUUUUUGAUGCUUUUAAGUCUCUUGGUACAGUAGCACAAUCAGUCUGUAUUGUUAACUAAGUAUACACAUGUUCAGUGUGAGAUGGAAAUAAUAUUCUUGUUUCCUAAUAAAUGGAAUGGCAGUCUAAACUUUGAAUACUUUCUUUUUGUGUCUCUUUUAUAGUUAAGCAAAACUGGUUCUAAAGAUGAUGAAUAAAGGACUUUGGUACAAGGAAACUCCACCUUUUAAUACAGUGCAAUUCUGGGUCACCAUCUCUCUUAAUAACUUUCAUAUUUGUUGAAGUAAACAUUUUAUAAAGCUCGAUUUCCUAACUUGUAAAUCUAGUCACACAAGUUUAUCUAGAGACCAUGUGGUCAUCUUCAGAAAAAUCAACCAACAAACUUGCCUUAAAUGAAGGUUAGAAUGUGACAAAGGAUAUGGAGAGCCAGUGUGGUGAAGUGAAUAGUGCUGAAGUGUUUAUUAAUUUAUAUUUAGUCUGUAGUAAAAUCCUGUUAUAGUGAACCCAGUGAUACUGUAAACACUUCCUGAUGUUCUUAUUCCAAUUGAAGAAAAAAGCACUAUAACAGUGAUUGGUCACCUGACACCUUAAUUCAUCAAAAUAAAUUAUUCCAUGGAAAUAAGACCUUUGUCAUUUGUUUAUCUAGUAUGAACUAGAAGGAGAAUAUACAAAUUGUUCCACUGCCUAACAGGCUAGAGCUUAUGGUCUUGUUUUUACUAGUUACUGGCUGAAAUAGUAAAUACUAGUGAAAGCAAGGCCAAAUAUUCUAGUCUGCUCAAAAAUGAAUGGUUAUAGCAAGAGUGCAGCUUCUUUAUUCUCCACGAUAUCCCAUCUGCUGGUCUUUCUCCAGUGUGCAUCUUUACAGACAGUGGGAUGUCUGAAGAGGGGCAGAAGUGCUUUCUUGCACAUGUCUCAAUGAUUGGGAUUUUGUAGCUGCUUCAUUGGAGAAAUAGGCAUUCUUUGGAGGGAUUUGCUGACUAAAUGGUGGGACAGUGAAAGUUAGCAAUCCAUCAAACGUACUGGGAGAACUUCUUUGUGAGAGCUCUUUUCUUUUUUUUUCCUAAUCUGCCCUCUUGUAUAAGAAGAAGAAGUCAUCUUUACUGUAUGAACUGUUACUGAAUACAAGAUGCCUUAAUGUCCUUUAUUAUUUUGGUUUGUCUUGAGAUGAACUUUAAUAAAUGCCUAUUUAUCUGC